AUGAACUGGCACAUCUAUAUACUGUAUGGUUAGUGGCAUGAGCCAGAACCGCCGCUAUCGCGUUAAUGUAGUACACGUAGAUUUCGGCGGCGACAAGUGGAAUGGCGGCAACAAACAAGGCCGCUCAGUGUCCAAGGGCUAUGAAGAGCCCGAUCUUUACGGCGAAGAUGAUGACGAGGAGGACCCGGACGCCGCCAAGAUAGAAGAUAAUGUUUCUGGCGGCUAUAAACUUUCUGUUCAGGCCAGCAGCAGAUACAUAAGUGCCGCGCACUGUGCCAACUUCGUGCGCUCCGGUCCCAACUCGCUCUCGCGCGCUCGGAGGGGCGCUCGGGAGAUUUUACGACCCACGCUCCACCCGGCGCUCAAGCCAUCAUGGAGCAUAGAUCGUAAGGCCUAGUUUAGGGACGUUUCA